GUGACAAAGACCUAUAGCAACAAAUAAUCAGAAUUCAAAAUUUGGUUUUUAUCACGAUGAAAUGAAUUAAAUAGUUUAAAAAGCUAUAUAAUUACCGAUAAGUAUUUAAUGUAAUUGUAAUUAAAUUUGUAGCAGAUUUUAUGAAGUAAUGAUUUGGAAUUAGGUCCCAAAGCGAAAUAGUAUAAAAAUAAACCCUCCUCCAUCAAGGGAGAGAGUGUUGUUUUUCUCUGAUUGCUUCGGUAAGGAAUGUGAAUCAAGAAAGUGACAUAUUUUGGGCUAAGAAUUUGGUUUUUAACUGCACUUAAAGGGCAAAACUGGAAAAUUUAGCUGAUGUCUACUGGCCACUGGAGGCAACUUUAUUGGUGGCUAUAAAUUUGCCUGUAGUGGCAAAUUUCGUAAUAAAGAUCCUUUUGCAUCCAUAAGUAUUUCCAUCAUUCAUUCAACAGAGAAACAUUCUCAAAAAUUUCAACACCAAUGAAAGUGUAAUAAGUUAAUUUUGUUACACACAAAUAAUACAAAGUGGAACAAUAUCUAUCUCAAUGAGCAACAAUUUACUUACACUUGAUGUUCAUGCUGAUGAAAAACCUUUUUCUUGUAAAGUAUGUAAUAAGAGGUUUUGGCAGAAGCAAGAUUUAGAUGCUCACAGACAUGUUCAUACUAGUGAGAAACCUAAUUCUUGUAUAGUACAUGCAACACUUGUUUUGCAAGGUCUUCCAGUCUGGCUGGGCACAGUCGUGUUCAUAUGGGUGAUAAACCUUAUUCUUGUAGUAUAUGUUAUAAGAGUUUUUCAUGUAAUAGUCAUCUGACUAUGCACAAGCUUGUUCAUACUGGUGAGAAACUUUAUUCUUGUAGUAUAUGUAAUAAGAAUUUUUCAAGGAAGAGUAAUCUGACUUCGCACAGCCGUGUUCAUACUGGUGAGAAACCUUAUUCUUGUAGUAUGUGUAAUAAGAGUUUUUCGCAUCAUAGUGAUCUGAUUAGGCACAGCCGUGUUCAUACUGGUGAGAAGCCUUUUUCUUGUAGUAUAUGUAAUAAAACUUUUUCUCAGAAUACCCACCUUAAUGCACACAUGCGCGUUCAUACUGGUGAGAAACCUUAUUCUUGUAAUGUAUGUAAUAGAAGUUUUUCACAGAAACACUCUCUGACUAGGCAUAGCCAUAUUCAUGCUGUAGAGAAAUCUGACUCUUAAAGUACAUGUAAUAAAAGUUUCUCUCAUAAUAGUUGGCUAAACGCAAACAUUUUCAUAUAGGUGAAAAACCUCGUUUUUGUAGCUUAUCUAAUAAGUUUGUUUCACAGAAGUGCCUUCUGACUGUGCAAAAAUUUGUUCAUAGUGGUGAAUCUUAAUUCUUGUAGUUUUUGUAAUAAGACAGGGUGCGUAGCGUUUGUAAAAAGUACUUGAAGGUGCUUUUUUGGGGAUUUCGUUUUUAAAAGCUUUUAAAGGUGCUUUUUUCAGCUGGCGUUUUUAAA